AUGUCGUAUGCUACAUGUCCUUUAAAUUUUGUAAAUAUAAAUCCAAAUCAGAAGGAAGACUUGUUAAGAUUCGAAAUAUCUGUUGUUGGUAAUUAUAAUCACUUAAAAGAAUUAGAAACAAAAUCGAGAAUUCGUUUUAGUUUUAUAAUUUUAAGCAUAUCCCUUUUAUUGUAUUACGUUUACACAAACAGAAAUUCAAAUAUAAUUAUUGAAAUAUUGAACAACGUACCUUUAGUGAGCUUUACUAUUAUUUUUUUUUAUUUUGUUAUAAAAUAUAAUUACAAGAAUUUGUUCAAAUCAAAAGAUUAUAUAAAUAGUUUAAAUAAGACAUUAAAAGGCUUUAACUUAUAUUUGGAUAAUAAGACGUUGAAGCUUUGCCUUAUAGGAACCUUGAGAAAGGAAUAA